AACUUAAACUGAUUUUAAUUAGAAACAGUCUUAUGUAGAAGUAAUUUGAAAAUCUGUUAUGAAUUUUGGACAUUAAUUUUUUAACAUUUGAAUAUAAUACAUUUCGUUUAGAGACUAUUUAAGCAGUUUAUAGCCCAAGACUGUUUUCCCAUUGAUAAAUAAAUCUUCGGUCUUCAAUUAUUUUAAAAUCCUUUUUCAGUUAGCAUGAGCUCUUAAGAGACAAAUUUGCUAUUGUCCACAUUGUUUCUUUUAUAUAAGUGUCUUGCUAACUUGGUCAUAAUCUUUAGUAACCUUGUGCUGUGACUAAGGUAUUUGGACCGUUGGGGCACUUCUAUGAUACCAUGCAUUUUGUGUCGAUAUAUUUUAACAAAAAGAAACCUUAACAGUUGACCCUAAAAAGCAGUUGUUAAAUGUUAAUCCCCAGGUAUCUACUCUUUUGUGGUUGUUGUUACUGUUAAUAAUAAUAAUGCCUUUAUGUAUUUUGUGUAGCACUGUCUUGCUUGCAUUUGUUAUUAAUCAUACAGUUUAGGCCCUUUGUAAAUAGCUCACUGAAGGUAGUGUUCAUCAUAAGAGAACUUCAGUAUUUUGAAAAGCAUGCCAUAAUACAGUAAGAAUAAGUUGAUUACAGUAUUUACUUAUAGGUACUUGUUGAAUUUAGAAAACAGAUUUUUGGGAUUUCUCGUUGCUUUAUUAUUUUUCUAGCUAGAAAGAGUAGUAAAAAGGGCAUGUUAGCUUUGGUUUAGUUUGAGAAACAGACUAACAGCAGAGAUGAAAAGAUGAGGAGACUGGAAAAUAAAUGCCAAUAGUAUUGGUGGUAGAUUUGGAGAGUUUUCAUUUGAAGAGUUGUAGUUCAUUGGUAGGAUGAAAAUGAACAGUGAACAUGGAAUGGCCGGAAGAUUAGGGUUUAUAAAUGGACUCUUCUGUUAGGCAACAUUUUUCUUUGUGAGAACUGAUUAGGAAAAUAAGUAAAGUUCUAAUUUACUGAUUGUUCCUUUUAAUCUGUCUUAGGGUUUUCAUGAUGGUUAGCUUGCUUUCAAAUAUCUAGACUGGAAGGUCUUAACCUGUGGCCUCUCAAAAGCUCUAUAAAUCUCUGUAUACAAAAUUUUGUGUUUGUUUUCAUUUUGGUAUGGAGUAUCUUUGUAAGUUUUAUCCUAUUUUCAGAGUAGUCACAGGACCAUAAAAGGAUUAAAGAAGGAUUAAAGAACCCUGAUCUAGAUCUUUGCUGCUUCUUCCUUAGAGAAUCCUUUCAGAAAUAAAGAUGCCAGAGUGGUAAAAGACAUGGCAACAGGGAAGUCUAAAGGAUAUGGCUUUGUCUCCUUUUUCAACAAAUGGGAUGCCGAAAAUGCCAUUCAGCAGAUGGGUGGCCAGUGGCUUGGUGGAAGACAAAUCAGAACUAACUGGGCAACCCGAAAGCCUCCAGCUCCAAAGAGUACAUAUGAGUCAAACACCAAACAGCUGUCGUAUGAUGAAGUUGUAAAUCAGUCUAGUCCAAGCAACUGUACUGUAUACUGUGGAGGUGUCACUUCUGGACUGACAGAACAACUAAUGCGUCAGACUUUUUCACCAUUUGGACAAAUAAUGGAAAUUCGAGUCUUUCCAGAUAAAGGAUAUUCAUUUGUUCGGUUCAAUUCGCAUGAAAGUGCAGCACAUGCAAUCGUUUCUGUUAAUGGAACUACCAUUGAAGGCCAUGUUGUGAAAUGCUAUUGGGGCAAAGAAACUCUUGACAUGAUAAAUCCUGUGCAACAGCAGAAUCAGAUUGGAUAUCCACAAGCUUAUGGCCAGUGGGGCCAGUGGUAUGGAAAUGCACAACAAAUUGGCCAGUAUAUGCCUAAUGGUUGGCAAGUACCUGCAUAUGGAAUGUAUGGCCAGGCAUGGAAUCAACAGGGAUUUAAUCAGACACAGUCUUCGGCACCAUGGAUGGGACCCAAUUACGGAGUGCAGCCACCUCCAGGACAGAAUGGCAGCAUGUUGCCUAAUCAGCCUGCAGGGUAUCGAGUGGCAGGGUAUGAAACCCAGUAAAAAAGGACUCCAUAAUCUAAAGCCAGUGGCUUGAGGCUACAGGGAGUGUAGUAAAGCCGUUGUUUACUUAAAAGAUUUAUCAAAUCAGUCAGUGCAAAUGUCAGAUACAAUGUAUUUAUUUAAAAGAUUCAUUUUUUUAAUCAUGAAAUUACUUAUCAUCCACAUUGUUUUAAAAAGAAACAAGAUGCUGGAUGUCUGCCAAUUUUUGCCUUCAUUACCUUUUUUGAUAAAGUUUCUCAGAUCCUUGUUUCAAAUACAAAUGCAGGGAUUGCUGCCACUUUUUUAAAAUUAAGAGGCAGAAAAUUGCACAAUGUUGAACUUUUUUCCACUAAAGUAGUGUGCAGUUCUAGUUUGCAUUCCUGAUAUGAUUUAAAACAUGUAAUAUAAAGAUGUUAAAAAAAAAUGAAGAACCAAAACUGUGCAGAGUCUAGAAGUUCUUUGUAAUCUUCAGCUUGUGCACAAUUCUGUUUUAGGGGUUUUUGUUUUGUUUUUUGUUUUUAAGGCAUUGUUUGAACUCUCCCAUCUCCACUGUUUUCCCUUGGGGUUUUUUAAAUAUAAAUUAUUAGUUUACAUCAUUUUUGUAACUACAUUUUUCACAAAUUUGUCUUGCCUUAUUAAAUUUCUGUAAAAUAUACUUCAAUGGAAAAAAUGAUCACUUAGUUUGAAAACUUUUCUCAGAUGGAUUGAUAAUUGCAUUCAUUUUGUGUUUUAUAUGAGAAGGUGCCUCAAGAAUUCCCUCUUGGAUUUGUUUAAAAGGAUUUUUAUCUUCUGUGAUAUACUUUGCUGUGUACCAGGAAAUAUAAAAACAAAAACUUGCUACUAAAGAAAAUCUCUGAAAUGUGAUAAGUUCUUAUGAGCCCGUGUUAAUUCCAUGUGUCAACUUCUACAUUUACAUGUACUGUUUCAUUCUGUAAAAUGUUUUAGCAGUUUAAUAUUUUGCACAAUUAGCAAGCUUUGUAGGUCAUUUCCUUCUUAAAGGCAUCCUGCAGAGUUGACAGGAGACUUAUAAGGUUCUAAGUUGUUUGCAUGUGAAUAUCAAAUACACACUUUGGUAGUCUUUGAAUACAAAGUCAUCUGCUCUUGUUUUUCAAGAAUUUUGAGACACAAAGUUGUAUGUAAAGGAAGAUAUUAAUUUGCCAUUUUCUAGUUAUAUUUACUCAAAAAGAGUGAAUCAACUUAAUUUGUACAAAUGAUAGCUGUGAAACUGUAGAAUAUCAGGCUUGGGGUUCGUUUUGAACUUCAAAAUUAGCCUGAAGGACCAGCCGGGCAAAGUGUUUUUUAAAUGUUCAGAGGCCAAAAGAUAAACAAACAAACAAAAAAAAACCUUAAAAUCCUACCUCCUUAAACAGCCUUCAAAGAGGAGAAUCCUCAGUGCAAUCAUUAUUUUGAUUCUUUUGGUACCUGUUUUCCUGGAGUUCCCAAUUUUAUUAUUUUGGGGUGGCUCCGAGCAUUAAGAGGUUUAAUCUUUGAUGGCAUUAUUCUAGUUUUGAAAUUUCUAGUACAUUUCAGAGUGUCGUCAAAGAGUUGUGGGAGAUUUUGUUUUGUUUUCAGUGAAAGUCACAAACUUCAUUCUUCCUUGACUCACAAAGGGGAAGAGUCCCCAGUAUACAUAUUUGGAUGGUUCCGUUGUUUUUAAGACCUUCAGAGAGCUCCUAGUAUUUAGCAACAGAUAAAAGCCUGUGAAAUCUUGGUUUCCUGAACUGUCUUUUCCAGGUAGGAGCAAAUUAAAGGUGGUCUCUAAAGCCAAUACUCAUGUAAACCAGAGCCCAGGAAAGACAACUCAUAAGUGUAUAAUUCUCUGGAGCUCAAUUCUAUGCAGUUGUACUGAUGUUUCAUUAAGUCACUGUGUAUUUUUAAGUGUUGAUACAUUAAAAGUUGCUUUAUGGAAGAUGAGUAAAUUUUUUAAAUACUUGGGAAUUUUAUUUCCUUGUUAAAUUUUACAGAUCAGGGCAUGCAACCAGAAGCAGCUUAAAUGAAAUACUCAAAAAAAUAAAAUAAAUUAUCAGGAAACUAUUUUUAGAUUCUUCUGGCUUAUGUUUCUAUUUUAGGACCCUCGUUAUUUUUCUUACUCAAAAAUACUUUAUUUCCUGUACACCUGUGGACUGCAGGGUAAAUUAUUUGGGCAUAAGUAAUUUAAACAAAAGUAUAAUUUUUCUUUCAUUUUGACUAUCUUAAUACUUUUUACUAGUCAGUAUAUUUUCUUAUUGCACAAGUCUUAAAGUGUACAUUGACUACUUUUUGAGAAGAAAGUAUUUCUCAAAAAGUUACUACUGAACAAAUUGACAUUUCAAGAACAUUGCUAACUUUGGUUUAAAUCUUACUCCUAGUGUUAAAUCAUUUAAAGAUUUUUUAGCCUAAAAAUCAUACUGGUAUUAGUAUCAGGUAAGGAAAUUAACGUUUUAAAAAUGGCGUCAUUGUCUGCAAUAUUCAUUCAGAUUACUAUAAAAUACAUCUGGUACUGUAAAGAACCUGAAGUGAUACACAUUUAAUGGGUCAUUAAUCCAGUAUUCUUUGCCCUGACUGUUUGGAUAUUAAAGUUCCUUUAUGUUUUCUAUAA